UCGCCUCGAAAUUUGUACCAGUGCCAGAUGGCCAAACAAAGUAUCGCCUUCUCUAGUUACUCUUAUAUGUAUCGAUCGGAUCCAAAGUUCUACCGUCUGCUCACUCCACAAUCUCCCCUAGUUCGAACCAAAAGCUACGUUGACUUUGAUGUUGAUCACUAUCCAGUAGGAUUCAAUGCCAUCGUUGCUGUCAUUUCCUACACCUGCUAUGAUAUGGAAGACGCUAUGGUUAUCAACAAGGCUUCAUACGACCGAGGUAUCGCAGACGCUUGUAUCUACAGGACAGAAAUAAUCGAUUUGCGCCAAUAUUCACUUAAAAAUAGUCGUGUGAAGGAGGCUGAACACUACUUCGGAGGUGAUGCGAAAGAUCUUCCACCGGAUAUCGAUAUUGACGGAUUGCCACGAAUUGGAGCUAAAUUAAUUCCAGGAAAGAGUACUUUCUACGCCUAUACUCACAAGGAAACUAAAAAGACCACGGCCGUUGUCUAUAAGGACCAUCUUGGUUAUGUGGACUCAAUCUCAAACCACGGAGUUAAUUAUAAGGUGACUAUUACACUGCGCAUUCCACGUCGGCCAGAUAUUGGUGAUAAGUACAGUAGUCGUCAUGGACAGAAGGGAAUUAACAGUAUUUUGGUCUCACCUUCUGAUUUACCAUUCUCUGCAAAUACUGGAAUGAUCCCAGAUCUUAUCUUCAAUCCUCACGGUUUCCCAACUCGUAUGACAGUAGGCAUGAUGAUUGAAUUUUUAGCCGGUAAAACUGCGGCUUUGACAGGCAAGUUUAUCGACGCCACAGCCUUCCAAUGGAAUGAGGAGUUCCCGCCCUACACUGAUUACGGGGAGUUGUUGGAGCAGUUGGGAUAUGAUUAUCACGGGUGUGAGACAAUGAUAUCCGGAAUUACUGGCGGACCUAUUGAAGCUCACAUCUACAUGGGUACCGUCUAUUACCAACGUCUGCGCCACAUGGUUGCUGAUAAAUUUCAGGUGCGUGCUGAGGGUCGUUACGAUCCCGAGUUUCGUCAGCCUAUCAAGGGUCGCAAAGUGGGCGGUGGUAUUCGUCUCGGUGAAAUGGAACGUGAUUGUCUCAUCUCUCAGGGCCUCUCCUUCACUCUCCAUGAUCGUCUCGUUAGCUCCAACUGCGAUAGAGUCAAAAUGUUUGUAUGCUCCAAUUGCAGUGGCAUUAUUCACGCAGAUCUUAUGAAUAAGAACCGGCCAAAUGCCCCCAAUACUACCACUCACCACCAAGAUUCAUGGAAUCCUUCACACUGGCGUUGUCGACUUUGCAAUCAAGGCGAGGGUAAUGAACCAUCCUCCACGGGUAAUAAGUUGUCCCUUGUGGAAGUUCCCGCCGUCUUCCGUUAUCUCACCUAUGAACUCGCCUGUUUGAAUGUUCAGACUAAAUUGGAUGUAAAGGACGCUACUUAG